UUGGCGUUCGAUCAUACUCUUCUUCAUUGACUUUCUUUCGACUUGGACUUGAAAACGAAAAUGUAAAUACUUCCCUGGACAAUAAUUUUGGGUAAAAGGCACAGAGCAAAGCUGUAUGAUUGUUUGACAAUGAAAAAUCUGAGCACAAAGGCAGUGCAAACUCACAGACCAAGAAACCCCAGUAUCGGCAGAAAAUGCCCUCGCAAGUUGGGACAGCUUUCACGAUUCUACACACAUUGAUCAUUUCGCACUGGAAAACCUCUAAUCCAGAGUAAAAAAAUACCCAUCAGACAGUUAGAUGGUGAACCUCAGAGGCUUUGGGGCGAUAGAGUGUAAACAGUCCGUGCGUUUACACGUCAUUCGAACAAAAAGUACCGUACCAAUAGACGAAAACACCACUGUGUGAUCACAGCUGAUUGUACUUAAUGUGUCAAUCGUUUUAAGGUAUUACUAUUCUACUAAAGUCGUAUCACCACACUGGAGCAAAUGCAAACUGAGGCUGCACUUGCAAAUUUCUUUGGUUUCAGUGGCAUACUCCGCUUGUUGCCAUUCUCACCUUUAUAAAGAACACAUUCAAAGGAUCGAAACUUGGGGAUUUGGUGAUGCUCACACGUAAUGGUUCAGUAAACAACGACCUCCAAACCGCAGUCGCAAAAGUCUGCAUUACUCUAGGCUGUCGUGUGUGGUGACACGGAAGUUUUGGAAUUUGUUAACACUGGAGCUUGAGUCGAGAGGCUGAUGAUAAGAAUUUCCAGUCUUAAGUCGCAAUGGACAUGACAGUUCGAGGUUUUCUCUUCAUCUUCUGCUUUCUACCCGCCAGCUUCGAGCUGGCCCGGUCCCAGUCCACGGACGACACCAUGCAGCCGGGGGCCGAGGGCACCUACGUGGUAAUUUCAACGCUGCGGAGGCUGAGCCAGCUGACCGAGGACUCCAGUGGAGACCUCCAACCGGACCACGGCUUCCUGCGGCGCGUUGCCUGGGUGGACACCCGGGACGGCACGGCGGCCGGCGCCUACGACCCCAACUACCACGGCGGGAUCUGGCGUGUGGACCGCUCCGUCUACGACGCCACGCAGGCCAUGCUCGAAGAUUCCCGGUACAGCUCCAUCUUUGGUCGCAUCCGGCAGCUCUUCGACAUCAACUGGGACCAGACAACCUGGCAGGAUUGCCGUAAGCCGAUAUACUCGGCCCUCGCUGCUCGCCUGUAUUUCCACCGUCUACAAUCCACCAUUCCUAAGAGACUGUCAGACCAAGCCACGCUUUGGUGGAACGAAUACCACACUCGGCCAACUGACACGGUGGAGAACUUCAUCCGCAAAGUCUCAGCGCUGGAAGGUACUUAUGCCACGGUCUGUGCUCUGAACAUGGCCAAGACGCGAGACCGCGGCACAGACUUAACAGUGGUGGCAGAGGCCUCAGGGACGGCCGUGGUGGAGGCUACAUUGCAGAAAAUCAACCGACUGAUGACCGAGCAGGACGGCAGCGGUAGCCAGCCUGGGCAGACCGGCCUGCAGGCGGACUUCAACUUCAUGCGGCGCCUGGCCUGGGUGGAAACGUUGGACGGCACUGCAGAGUUCACCUACUCCGACCCGGCCUACCACGGGGGAAUCUGGCGGGUGGACCGGGGCCCCUUGCAGGCCACCCUGGAGAUGACCAACGUGCCUGAAUACCGGGCCAUCUUCCGCACUAUCGAGCAGAUCUUCUGCAUCGACUGGAAGGAGACCUCUUGGGAAGACUGCCGCAAGCCUCUAUACUCGGCACUGGCGGCCCGGUUGUAUUUCCACAAUCAGAAGCCUGCCAUCCCACAGGGAGUCAGUGAUCAAGCUGAGUAUUUGGGAAUGCAGGACCAGAGUCGUCCAAAUAAGACAGUGACCAACUUCGUCAUGAACGUCACCAAUCUCGACAGCGAAAGUGAAUGUCUGGUGCGAGGCAUAGACCUCGUCUUUGUGAUGGACAGUUCGGGAAGUGUUACCUCUAGCAACUUUGAACUGAUGAAGAAUUUUGUCCUGGAAGUUGUCGACUUCUUUGACAUCGGUCCCGACCGAACUCGCGUCAGCGUCAUAAGAUACGCCAGUGACGCAAGUAUACAAUUCAGUCUGAACAAAUACACCGACAAGACACUGCUGAAGCAGGCCAUCCAACGUAUUGAAUACAGUGGAGGCGGUACGCAGACCGUAACAGCGCUGAACCUCAUGGAGAGCCAGAGCUUCCUGGAGGGGAACGGAGCCCGGCCCGCCAACCAGGGGCUUCCCCGCGUGGCGGUGGUCAUCACGGACGGACAGUCACAGGGGCCCCAGGCCGUUGCUAUCCCAGCAGACCGGGCUCGAGAGAAGGGCAUCACUCUGUUCGCCAUCGGGGUGACAUCCAGUGUGAACGACGACGAGCUGAACGCCAUAGCUAACAAACCCAGCGAAACCUACGUGUUCCACGUGGACAACUUCCAGGCAAUCGCCAACAUCGGCGUCACUCUACAGGGUACUACAUGCAACCAAGCCACGCCUAUCACCGAGCCGAUCAUCAACGGUACGCUUGACGGCGAGGCGACGCAGUACCUGCAGCAAGCGGUCCCCGCCGAGGGCGUCACUCUGGCAAUCGAGGCGUCCAACGGCAGCGUGGCCAUGUACGUCUCCAUCACCACGCCCAACCCCAACGAGGCGCUGCACGACUUCCUACUCGUGGCCGUGGCUGGGGCAGGGUCGGUCGAGGUCUUCCUAGGACCUGAGAACUUCGACGGCCCGGUGACGGUCGCGGCGGGAGGAGGGAGUGCCGGCGGUACCUCACGGAAGAGACGGGAUGUACCAAAUAGCAACCAGACUUUAGCUGGUUCCCCGAUUGGCACGGUGUACAUGACCAUACAAGGGCGGCUUGCAGAGAACAAAUUCGUGCUAGUGGUGGACAGAGGUGAUGUCACCGAGCCCUCCACGACCAAGCCGGCUACGGACGUUGGCGUUGCAACGGCUACGACUGUGGCUUAUCGUCUCCUGUUGGCACUGACUAUCGUCACAGCGGCCCUGGUUCCAACUCUGUUGAGUUGCUAAAUGUCCCAUUUAGAAGUCACGUGUUAAACACUGCGAUUCAUAAUAGCGCGCCUCCAAGAGUUUGCAAUGCGUUGGCCAAUCACCAUGCGUAAAAUCUGUGUACCCAAUGCGCGUGUGGAAAGGGUCGACAGAUUUCGCACAUUGUGACUGGCCAACGCUGUGCAAAGUCUCGGAGGCGCACUAUCCGGUUCG